AUGUUCCAGCUUGAAUAGUACCUUUCCCAGUUUUACAUACCUUUAAUGUUGUUUUCUGAAAGUUAGCAGAGAUGCUCAUAGAUUUGGUUUCGCCUCUUUUAGUAGUAAAAUUAUUCAGCUUGCAAUUGUUGAUGAACUAUCUGAUACAAGAACUUGUUAAUGACGUGCUUAAACUGUUUGAGCCUGUUCAUUUGGAAAUGUAACUUUUAUUAGAGUGGCUAUAGCUUUCAACAAUUUCUUGCGGACAAAACUUAAUUUUGUAACCCAUCUAUCAACAAGAUUAACAAUUUAUUUUUAGUUUCUGUUUUAUAGAUUUAUAAGUUAUGAUGCUGAUACUGUGGGAAGGCAUUGACAUUGGUACUUGUGGAUUACAAUUGCAGGACUAGCAUAGAGUUGUUGUAGGAACAUGGCGAAGCAUCAUCCUGACCUGAUUAUGUGCCGGAAACAACCAGGAAUAGCUAUUGGACGGUUGUGCGAAAAGUGUGAUGGUAAGUGUGUGAUCUGCGACUCCUAUGUGCGUCCCUGCACACUGGUUAGGGUCUGCGAUGAGUGCAACUACGGAUCCUUCCAGGGACGGUGUGUUAUCUGUGGAGGUGUUGGAAUUUCUGAUGCUUAUUACUGCAAGGAGUGUACCCAGCAGGAGAAAGAUAGAGAUGGGUGUCCAAAAAUUGUGAAUCUGGGAAGCGCCAAAACAGAUCUGUUCUAUGAACGGAAGAAGUAUGGUUUCAAGAAAAGGUGACCGUUCAGAGGUGAAGUCUUGCUUAGCUUAGUGAGAUCAUUCUGUUUGUGCUCAGACAUUGUCGCUAGCUUAUGUUACUAUCAGAUGGAUUUGCAUAGGAAAUCUUCUUGUUGCUGCUUGUAUUCGUCUUUAUGCAUAUUUCACUGCUUUAAUGGUUGACCCUUUUGGUUGCAUUUUCUUGUGGUAUAUGUUACCAUGGCCAGUCUGUGACAUCUAGUUGAGGAAUGUAAAAUGUUGAAUCAGUUCUUGAUCAUUGCUGUUACACAGUGACUUCUAUCCAUGAAUGCUUUUUACUCGGGUUU